CAUCACUUCCUAUGUCUUGGUCUUCAUAUCUUGAAACUAAUAUUAAUAAAAAUAAGAAAAAGAAGCAGUAUUUGAUCUUCUUUGUCUCUACAACUCAAGAAAGAAUAGAGGAUGUACAGUAAUUAAACUUACCUAGUGAAAAUGGCUUAUGCUGAAGUCACAUCUUUGAUGCAGACACUACAGAGACUCAUGCAACUUCAUCCAUGUCCAAUUCAGAAAAAAAGAAAAAAGAAAAUUGAAUCUCUCCUACAAAAGGUCAGUUUCUUACAAGGCUUUUUUGAUGACUCUGGAAAAGAUCAAUGCAAUGAUCAUGAGGACAUUGAGUACUUAGAAGGAAUUAUUAGAGAUGUGUCAUGUAAAGCAGAAGAUUUAGUUGAGGAAAUUAUGUUUGAUUAUUCAUCUAGUUCAGGUAUAAAGAAGAUUGCAACUAAGUUUCUUGACACUAAUCUAUAUAGAAAGAUUAAAUCUAUUGAGGUUGCAAUUACAAGAGUUUAUGAUGACAUUUCUUCUAUCAAAGUUAGACCAACAACAAGUUCCUCUUGUUAUGGGGGUUCGCACGAUCUUACACCACCUUUGAGUUCACAAAAGGAUGUUGUAGUUGGUCUAGAUGAUGAUUUUCUAAGAAUUGCAGAUAAACUAACGGGGUACCCUAGUAAGCUAGACGUUGUGGCAAUUUUUGGUAUGGGGGGUAUUGGUAAAACUACUCUUGCUAAAAGAGUUUAUCAUGACAAGUUAAUAGAGUAUCACUUUUAUAUUCGAGCAUGGAUAACUAUAUCGCAACGAUAUAGUGUGAGGAAUUUGUUAUUGGGCCUUCUGAAUUGUACCUCCCGAGUUCCCUUUAGAAUGGAUGAACUGGGAAAUGAAGAAUUGGCUGAACAACUGUACAAAAGUUUAAAAGGAAGGAGAUAUCUCAUCGUCAUGGAUGAUAUAUGGGAUACUAAGACAUGGAAUGAUGUGAGAAGAUAUUUUCCAAAUGACAACAACGGAAGCAGAAUAAUGGUGACUAGUCGAAUCAUGGAGGUUGCUGACUUUAUCAGCCCAUAUAACCGUCCUCAUCAAAUGCGUUUCUUGACAGCAGAUGAAAGUUGGACGCUGUUGCAAGAGAAGGUUUUAGGAUUAGAAUCCUGCUCUGAUUACGAAAUGGAAAGGAUUGGAAUGCAAAUUGCACAAAAAUGCAAAGGACUACCACUAGCAAUUGUUAUGGCAGCAGGAAUUCUUUCCAAAGUAAGCGCGACACCAACUAGAUGGAGUGCUGUUGCAGGAAGUUUUCAUUCUUCAUUUAUAACACAGGAGUCGCGGGAAUGCUUGGAUGUACUAGCAUUGAGUUACAAUCAUUUGCCGCAUCAUUUGAAGGCAUGCUUUCUUUACAUGGGCGCUUUCCCUGAAGAUGUUGAGAUCCCUGUGUGGAGGCUUGUCAGGUUAUGGGCUGCUGAAGGGUUUAUAAAGUUGGAAUCACCAAAGACUUUGGAAUGGGUAGCACAAGAAUAUUUGCAGGAUCUCAUCGACAGAAGCCUAAUUUUAGUGGGAAAGAGAUCGUAUGAUAGAGUCAAAACAUGUAGCAUUCAUGAUGUCUUGCGAAAGUUUUGCCUGGAAGAAGCUCAACGAGAAAAACAUUUGCAUGUUGUGAGAAGCUUCGAACCACAAUUUUCCCAAGGCGCUCACCGGCGCCUACAUUUCCAUUCGGACAUUUUUGCCUACUCCUCCUACACAUAUUCUAAUCCAUACCUUCGAUCUUUCUUGUCAUCAAAAGGAUGCUCUGUUUUAGAGGGUUCCUACUUCGGUCGUAUGGGCUUCAAAUUGCUUCGAGUGUUGGAUGUAGGUAGCUAUUACUUUUACCAUUUCCCCAUUCUGGUCAUAAAACUAGUUCAUUUGAGGUACCUCGCGCUCUCCAUCAAUUCAGAACUUCCUAGGUCGAUAUCCAAGCUCGAGAAUCUACAAACCUUAAUCAUUUCUUGGGGAAGCAAGAAGACACGCACUCUUCCCUUUGAAAUUUGGAAGAUGCCAAUACUAAGGCACAUCCAUGUGAAAGGAGAUGUUUUGUUAUUUGAACCCAUAGCUAAUCACUCUAAAAAGAACGUUCAAGUCUUGGGGAAUCUGCAAACACUUUGCACUAUUACUAUUAGCUCAAUCAACUUUUCGCAUGGACUUGUUGCUACAGUACCUAAUCUAAUGACAUUGGCCACUAAUCUGGUAACCAACGGAAACUAUGCGGAUUGGCUUGGUGAUUGUCUCAACAACCUAGUGCAUCUGUACUCACUGGAAACUCUGAAGUUGCUGUUCAACUUGCCAAUGGAAAAUCCUCGUCUCUAUAAUUCUAUCCAACGCUGGGAUGCAUUCCCGCCGAAUCUCAAGAAGUUGACUUUGAGCUGCAGCCUUUUACCAUGGGAAGAUGCUAAAGUUCUAGGGAAGUUACCAAAUCUUGAAGUUCUGAAACUGAAACAUUUGUCCUUCCAAGGACCGGAAUGGGAAACCAAUGAAGAGGGGUUUCAUCAACUCAAUUAUCUGUUGGUUGAGAGCAGAGAAUUGGUGCUUUGGAAGCAGGCCAGUACAGGUGGUUAUCCAUUUCCAGCUCUCCGACAUUUAGUUUUGAGGUUUUGCUACAAGCUAAAAGAAAUCCCUUAUGAAAUUGGAGAUAUCCCAUCAUUGGAAGUUAUCGAGUUGCAUUCCUGUAGCCCUUAUGCCGCGAGACUCGCUACAACCAUUCAAGAAGAGCAAAUUAACUCGGGAAACAGUUGCCUUGAAAUUUUCAUUCAUCCCAGCUAGAUAGGAUCCAAUGAUCAUGAUAAGAACUUUUGCAUUCAUGAUAUGGAACAAAAAUAGAAGAGGAACUACUACUGUUUUGUAACUAGCUUCCUGAUAGAAGAGGUAGUUGAAGUUAGAAAGUAAUUCGACGAUGAGCCUAUAAAGUUUAGUCACUUAAAACUCUCAGAAUUGAUAAGAAAAGGCAGCAUUUCACUCCCUAUUCAGUUUUCGUCAUUUGGCUAGUUAUAUUUGGAGGGUUGCACUGAGGAGGCAUGGAGAGUAUGUGGACUCUUCUUGCAGCGUAGUGGAAGAAGGGGGGAGGGAGUUCUCAAUCUCGGAAACGGUUCCAAUGAAUUCUAAAGAAAUGAACGAGGAACCGUAUGAGAUGAAACUCUCAUUCAUGUACGGUUCUGUGGAGCGAUAGUAACGGUCAUUAUAAGGCUGUCUAUGAGACUUUUCGGUGCCAAAUCUCUAAGAAAAAUGUUCUUACAUGUUGAA